AUGUAUCCGAAUGAAGAACAUCUAAAUUGCUUGGAUCAAUUUAGAUUUAUUGACGGUCGUAGAUACCAUAACGAAGAUAAUGCAAAUUAUUAUUUCCCUAAUGAUAAGCAAGAAUCCGAUAGAUUACGAACUCAGCAUUUUUGGGUUUAUGAAGUCUGGAAAGGAAACUUUUCUUCACCAAUAAAACAGAAAUUAGAAAAGGGAAAUAUGACUGUGCUUGAUAUUGGAUGUGGUGAUGGAACUUGGAUUCUUGAUUGUAGUGCCAUAUAUCCAAAUUCAACGUUUGUUGGUGUUGACUUUUCUCCAAUGUUUCCAUCACCAAGUAGCUGUCCUCCCAAUGUCGGCUUUCUACAACACAACGUUCUCGAAGGAUUACCAUUCCCUGAAAAUACUCUUGACUUUGUAUUUAUGAGAUUUAUGUCUACAUUUACUCAACGAGAUUGGGAACAAUUGAUGAGUGAGGUUAUAAGAGUCCUCAAAUUUGAUGGAUGGGUAGAAAUUAUGAAUUUUGCUCCAGAAACUACAAAUAUUGGCCCUGCAUCAAAACUACUGUAUCAUAGCUUUUUUGAAUCAAAAAAUAUCAAACUUCAUUCAAGUUUCGAUAUAAAAUCCUUGUUUGAAAAAUCGAAUCGUAUCACAGAUAUUGAUUGUGAUGAACGGAGUAGUCCGAUAGGAAAAUGGGCUGGUAGAGUCGGACAAGUUGCCUUAUUAAAUAUCCAAUGUGGUCUUAUGGGUUUCAAACCAUUUUUAGCUCCAUUUAUGAACAUAUCAGAUGAACAAUUUAAACAUUUAAUUGAUAAAUUAGAUGUUGAA